AUGUUAAUUUUUUUUAAAUUGCAGCUUCAACGCCAAACGAUGAAGCAACGUGAUUGGCUCAAAAAUCCUCUUGUUUUAUCGGGUACUUUAUUAGCUUGGAUAGCAUAUAUGGGAUAUUUGAAACCCCAUUCUGAAAGAAUUUCAUUUGCAGAACACAGCUUGGCAUUUAUUGAAUCAUUUUUUUCAUCUUAUAUAGAAGACGCAUUGUGGCGUUUUACUAAAAUAUUCGCGGAUACACAUACAUUGGAUAUUCUUUUUAAAUAUGCCAUCAGCUUUGAUUCUAGUGCUACCGGCAGAAAUAUAGAUUAUAAAAUGUUAAAAAAACGAGAUGAUUAUCUGAAAAACCCUCUCGUCCUUGCCGGGAUUGUGCUGCCUUGGACUGCAAUUAUUAGAUUUUUGAAACCUCAUUCGAAUAGGGUUUCAUUUGCUGAACACAGGUUAAGAUUUCGUGCAUUUUCCUUUUUGUCUUAUUUUGCAGUUAGAGCAUAUAAUAAAGAUAAACGAAGUAGAUUACUUUUCCCCAUCUGGACAAUUGAUUCCUAUAGAGAAUUAAAAUUGCGAGAAGCUGCAGUAUUAGAUGUGGUAGUUCUGAAAUGCAAUAAACUUUUAUUACAAUUUCAGAUUUCGUAUCCUUCUUCAAUUCAAGUUUUGGUUGACUUUUUUCUCUCUGAAUUCAAUAUGCCAGGAAGUCAGUCCGAUGAUGUUAGUGAAGAAGAUGCCACUGAACUGAAAUUUCCUAAGGAAUUCGAACAAGCUGAUACUUUGCUUACAUCAGAAGUAUACUUACUCUUAGAACAUCGACGUCAGCAAAGUGAGCAGAAGGAGGAAAUCGAUGAAAUGAGCGACGUCUUCAUCAAAACUUUAAAUUACACACGACGGAUGGCACGAUUCAAAAAUCGAGAAACUAUUAGAGCCGUCAGGACUUUACUUGCUGCGAAACCGCUUCACAAAUUUGAAGUUGCACAGAUCGCCAAUCUUUGUCCGGAAACAUCUGAGGAAGCAAAGGCACUAAUUCUUAGUCUGGAAAAUAAGAUGGAAGAUGAUGAACUAGACGAAGUAUUGAAAGAUCUGCACAGCAAGAAAACAUUCCAGUAG